UUUUGUAUAGACUACAGUUGGCUCCGGUCUUCCUGCAGUUGCAGAAGAUUUACGGCAGUUUGUAUGACUUGAACCUGUUGCUAUGGGGUUAUUUUGAGCGUCUUCCUUAUUGAUGGUUGCUAGCUAGGUAGUAAACGAUGUGGGUGUUGACUUUUCUGCUUUGCACUGAUCGAAAUCAUAUCAACUUAAUAUUAUUUUCGUGGUAAAUAUAUUCAAAUUAAUAUUCUGGACAGAUUGCAAUGUGGAAAGGAAUCUGCACAUGAGCACCCAGAGAACAUUCGACAUGGGCGACGUUCUUGCUUACGAAGCAGAUCUUAUUGGAAUGGUUAAGGAGUUCCUCAAGUUUGGUGAAUUUGACGAAACGGUUAAAAUGUUUGAGAAGGAAUGCAAGGCAAAAGGAAAACCAGUUCCAAAGAUUUCGGGGGGCAUCUUGAGCAAUUCUAAAACCUUGAUCAUACAGAAGGACCUUUUGAGCUCGUUCGAGGAUGGCGACUGCAAGGUGUUCUUCGAGCUGUGGAACGGGAACGUGCCGCCGGACGUCCGGGACUUCGACCCAGCGGCCCAGAAGCUGGAGUUCUACCUGCACAUCGCCAUCUACCCGCUGAAAUACGCCGCGGGGAGACCGGACCGGGCGGAUUUCGAGGACCGGAUCAAGCACUUUAAGCAUUACCUGGAGACGCGAGGGGCGGCCCUCAGCCAGACCACCGAGUUCCUGCCCUUCUACGCCCUGCCCUUCGUCCCCAAUCCCACGGUGCACCCCUCCUUCCGGGCGCUCUUCCAGGAGUCCUGGAUGCCUGAGCUGAGGGGCACGUUGGAGAGGUUUUUAUCUUCCACACUCAGAGCCUCUAACACACCCAGGCUGUUCACUCUGUUUAAGGAGAACGCAAGAGGAAAUCAAGAGGAGCUGGCUCAGCUGCAGCAGCAGGCAGGUGAGGCUGAGAGGCGCUCUGCAGGGAGCCUGCGCAGGUUUAACAGGCUGCAGGCCGAUUACCACAGCCUGAUCGGGGUCACGGCCGAGCUGGUGGACUCGCUGGUCGCCACCAUCAGCGGGAAGAUGAUCUCCCCAGAAUACCUGCAGAGCGUCUGUGUGCGUCUCUUCAGCAGCCAGAUGAGACACAGCACGGCCCAGAGCAUCGACUUCACCCGGCCGGGCACUGGCUAUCUGUGCGGUAAGGGCUCUGUCUCUUUGAGCCCGUUUGGCAGUGAUGAUGGAUAUGCCUCUUCCAUGCUGCGGGCAUCCAUCGCACCUCCCAAAGAGCAGGACGUGCCGCUGCUGCCGUCGCUGGACUACGACAAGCUGAAGAAAGACCUGCUGAACGGCAGCGACCGGCUGAAAGCCCUGCUCUUACAGGCGCUGCGCUGGAGGCUGACCCGCUCCCUGCACGGCGAGCAGAGGGACACCGUGCUGCAGGCCUUCAUCAGCAACGACCUGCUGGACUGCUACAGCCCUGGCCAGAAGGGCCUGCUGCACCUGCUGAAGUCCCGGAACGAGGUCGUCCGACAGUACACAGCCCGCCUCAUCAACGCUUUCGCCUCCCUGUCCGAGGGUCGAGUGUACCUGUCUCAGAUCCCCUCCCUCCUGAGGACGCUGCAGGACACUGUGAGGACCGAGGAGAACGACUCCGUGACCAGGGAGAACGUUCUGGGGACCCUGCAGAAACUCAGCCUCCGGCGGGCUCAGCAGUCCCACAUGAUCGAGGACGGUCUGAUUGGCUGGCUGGUGGAGGAGCUGCAGGACUCUGACUGUCUGUCAGACUACACGCUGGUGUACUCCUCCGCCCUGCUCAUGAACCUGUGUCUGCGCACGCAAGGUAAGAGGAGGUGUGCUGAGAUCGCCAAACGUGUGCUGAAGGUACUGACGGAUCUCCUGGGACACGAGAACCAAGAGAUCCGGCCGUAUGUGAACGGGGCGCUGUACAGCAUUCUGUGUGACCCCGCAGUGCGGGAAGAGGCCAGGGAGAUGAGCCUGGAGGAGAUCCUGUGCUGCUACAGUAAGGAGGAGGAUCCAGAUUUGCACAGACAGAUACAGUUCAUCAUCAAGCAGCUGCACUCUGAGGAAACGUCCGAUGACGGGGCGGAGUCUGAAGACGAAGAGGAAGAUGAUAACGAUGAGGACGACGCGAUGGAGGCCGACCUGGACAAGGAGGAGGCUCUGGAGCCGCUGCCCAGGGAGCUCUCCGGAGAGUCUCUCCUGACGAGCGAGUACCUGGGGAUCAUGACGAACUCUCUGAAGGGGAGGAGACGUUCCUCUCAGAGCAUCGAUGAGCCGCUGCAGCGCCCGGUCACGCCCAGCGCCCAGAGACACGCCUCCGGCCUCAGCGAUGGGGAUCUGAGGAGACGGGAGGCCCCGCCCCUGUCCCACGGCGGCCCCCGCCCUGCCUCUCGGCCCUGCAGCCGGCCCAGCUCCGCAGAGUCGCUCCGCCGGGCCCCGGACUCAGAGUGUGAGCAGGACCCUGUGCUCCAUCACCGAGGGGCUGCGGAGAGGUACAACGGCCACAUUGACAGCGACUUCAUCCUGGGGUUCUCCAACCGGCCCAAGAUCCCGCGGACCCCCGAGGGCGGGGGUGGGGGCUCCAGCCCCCGCCGGGGGGGGCGUAUCCCCACGCUGGCCCCCCAGUUCUGCCAGUCCGGCCCCCAGCAGACCAGCCGGCCUAGCUCCGCAGGCUCCCUGGGAGGAACCGGGAGACAGAGUGGCCAGUCGCACAGGAAGUGAGCUGCAGCUCCUGUCACCAGCCGCAUCCAUCCUGCUGUCUCCCGCGCGCCCAGCUUCCUGUCACCGAAGGCGCGGAACGCUCACGCGGUCGCCAUGGCGGCGGCGGUAUCGGGGUCCCAGCGGGAGACCAGUGCAGGGGAUUGUGGGACUGUCAGACCUCCUCGGGCCGCGCUCGGGAGCGAUCCCGAAACCAGACUCUCCCGGUGAUAAUCUCACCAGCGCUGCUCAUUCCCCCGCCCAGCAGGCCUGGUGUUCCCUUACCCAUCGUCCUCUCCUCCUCCUCUCUCUCUCUCCCUCUCUCUCUCUCU